CAGUAUUGUGAGGAGAAGGUUCGUGCAUGGAAAGAGGAAAUCGAACGUCUUUCUGAAAUAGCGAAGAGCCAGCCCCAUGCGGCGUAUAUUGCUUUCACAAAAGGCUACAAGUCGAAGUUCACCUACUUCAUGCGCACGAUUGAAUCGUUUGAAGUUUGUGUCGAUCCAAUAAAGGUUAAAGGUUAAAGGCUUGUUUAUAGUGGAAAUUGCACUUAGCUUGUCCAGCUAAUUUACAGGCACUCCACUCAAAUAUUUAGAAACAAACAAUUCAAAUACAACAUAACAGGAUUAAAAACCCCAACUGGCAGAAGGCAACCAGUUGGCUAUUUACAAGCCAGGAAGUGAUUGAAGAUUUACUACUCCCAACUUUGUUCGGUCAAUCAGAGCCUCUCCCUAACGAGGUACGCAGACUUGCUACCUUAGCAACGGGUCAAGGUGGUCUAGGCAUUCCUGAUCUGAAAUCCGAGGCACCGCAGCAGUUUGCUGCCUCGAGACUAAUAACCACCGCGCACGUAGAUUCUAUUACUUCACAGAGUUCCAUCAUGGUGCCAGGAGAAAGAUCUACGAAGGAGCUAAAGAGGCAUCAACAAUCACUUAAGAGAGCAAGUGCCAAAGAGAAAAUGGAUAGCAUUGAUUCAAGCCUCUCCCCAGGCCUGCUGCGUCUGGUUAAUCAAUCGAGGGACAAGGGCGCAAGUUCUUGGCUGAAUGCGAUGCCUCUCGCAGACAAAGGUUUAGCCCUCAACAAGCAAGAGUUCAGAGACUCGCUACGCUUGCGUUAUGACUUGCCCUUAGUCGAUUUACCAAGUAAUUGCAUAUGUGGGGAUAAAUUCACCGUUAGUCACGCCCUCUCUUGUAAAAAGUGGGGG